AUGCGUUGCUUAUCAACAAUUUGCUUAUUGCUCGCUGCAGCUACGGCUCAUGCCGGAUUCGCUGGAAAACAAGUAAAUCCAGCUGGUAUGUCGGUACCCUUGGGUUACGACUUGAUCUACAAAAAGCUUGUUGAGGUCAAUUCAUUGGCUCACGAAUUUCAAAAGACUGGUUCAUUGAGUUCCGCCUAUCAAGUUGUGGUAACAGAGCAGCAGCUAGAGAAGCUAUUUGAAAAUUCUACCUUCCAAUGCACGGCAUUACAGCGCCAGUUCACGCCAGAUGAGGCCAAGUUGCUGUUCGGGCAGACUGCGGACAUAGUAAAGCAGUUUGAUGAUUCUUUACAUACCUUCAUUACCCUCAAGGAAAAGUACGGGCUUGUUUUCAAUGCAGCUGGUAUCGAGUCCCGUAUUAAGGGACUAGAAGACCACGUUGAUCGUCUAGGAGAUUGUUUCAAGGCACAUUUAUCUGAUGAAAUGGCUAAGAAUGCAACUGCAGUCAGAGAACAGAUCGACAAGCUUUUUGCGGACGCUUACGCACAGCUGAAAAACUAA